UUAUGUAUCAUCAAGUCCAUCUCGGAUACAAUUCCAAAACAUGCACACCUCCAAAACAAGAUGAAAUCGAUCCUCAGCGUGAUCCUCUUCACUUCCUCACUGCUGUCUUCCCGGACGCGCCUCGGCCACCCAGCCUUACCAGCUUCCAGCCUCUCCUCGGCCACGGAAGGGGAGGAGGUUCUCUCGCUCCUGGCGGCUGGUUAUGUAAGCUGCCUCUUUCCUCCCACUUUCCACUCCCCUCAGUCGGUCCGCAGUUCCCACGCCGCGCACACCGUACCCUCUACCACCUUCACACUCACGCCAGGGGAGACUUGCGUAGGACAGUAGUGUCGUGGCUGCGUUGCGCUCCCCCGCCCCGUGCCUCCCCGCAAGCUGAGGACGCUCUGUGCUUCGAAAGGACUGGUAAACGACUCGAUGGGUGAGGACUUGUGCCCGCGGUGGUGAAGUGUGCGCGAUUAGAAGUUUUGGAUUGGUUUCUUAUUGCUAUGAUUGUGUGUGUCAGGAAGUGAGACUUCAAGUUUACUCAGCGCUGACCACCUCCACGCCCCUGAGGCCGCGGCCCGCCCAGGCCUCACUAAGCAGAUAUGGAGGAGGCCGCCAACAACGUGUCGGCCAUGAGAGGUGACUAUAGCUGGGAGCCGCCGCCCCCUUGGAUGUUUGGUAGCCAGGAGCAAUGCGAGACUUACUACCUGCCCGCCGCUACACCCUUCGUCGACGGCGAAUACUGCAAUGCCACGUGGGACAACAUCAUGUGCUGGCCGCCGGUGCCCGCCAAUACCCGAAUGGCCCUGCCGUGUCCUCCCGUGCAGGGCGUCGACCUCCAACAGACGGCCCACCGCAUGUGCUCGGCAGAAGGGCGGUGGCUGGGCAAGGACGGCGAAGAUUCCUCCUCAACCGGCUGGACAAAUUACACAGCCUGCUUCACGCCAGAUGUGCGGGACCUCCUCAACAGGCUAUAUUCCGGUACCGAGGAGGACGCUCAGAUGAAGUUCCUGGUGGCCAAAGGCUCCCGCGCCCUGGAGAUCAUUGGCCUCACCCUGUCUCUCGUGUCGCUCCUCCUUGCCCUGUUUAUCUUCAGCUACUUCAAGAAGCUGCGGAACAACAGAACUCGGAUCCACAAGAACUUGUUCACGGCAAUGGUGGUGCAGGUGGCGGUGCGUCUGGUGCUUUACGGGGACCAGGCGUUAGUGAGGGGCGACUCCACGGGGCUCGGGUCUGGGCUGGCGUCUGAUAGGCAGGGUAUCGAUAGCACGCCUGUGCUGUGUGAAGCCUUCUACAUCGUGUUGGAAUACGGACGCUCCGCCAUGUUCAUGUGGAUGUUCAUCGAGGGGAUGUAUCUUAACAACCUCAUCAGUGUCGCCUUCUUCCAGGGGCCGCCCAACUACAGCGCCUACUACGCCAUCGGCUGGGGCAUCCCGGUGUUCAUGACGGCGUGCUGGGCGGUGGUGAUGGGCCUGUGGAAGAACGUGGACUGCUGGUGGGGCUACUCCUUCACCACUUACUACUGGAUCCUGGAGGGGCCGCGCUUCACCGUGAUUGGCGCGAAUCUUCUGUUCCUGCUCAACAUCAUGCGCAUCCUGAUCAGCAAACUACGGGAGGCAAGUUCCAGUGAGGCCCAGCAGAUCAGACCUCUGCGUCGGUCGGUGCGCAAUGCCCUAUUCCUCCUCCCGCUGCUGGGGAUCACUAACGCCAUUACCAUGAUCCCCAAGCCCCUCGAGCGCUCAGCCUUCGAGUUUGGGGUUUGGUCUUAUGGCACCAACCUCCUCACCUCCUUCCAGGGCCUUGUCGUGGCCUGCAUCUAUUGCUUCUUUAAUGGAGACGUCAAGAGAACGUUGUGUUACUACUGGCGGCUCAAGGUGACACUCCGAAGCAAAAGGCGGCGUCCAGGCGCAGCUUCAGCUUUCCCUGACCCCGACCACCUGUACAACACUGGCUACGGGCCCCGCCCACCUAAGCUACACUACAAGGCUCGCAGUCGGUCAUCAAGUGACAAGCCAGUACACAACAGCCACCUUCAGGGGUUGCACCACCCUCCCCUGCACCCACAACACCUGCACCAUCCCCCUGGAGUGCCCUGCCUUGCCGCCCAACCUGUGUCCACCUUAUGACGGCCGGCGCCCUUCAUUAUGGACACCCCGCGGGGCCGCGUCAACAUCAAGGGUCCCGAACCCCGGGUAAGCUUCAUCUUCCGGGCACAGAGGGCACCCAUCCACGAGCCGAGGGAUGCCGCUGCGCCCAGACACGGUGCGACAAAGAAUAUGAAGAGCACAAAGCGUAGAAUGAAGGUUGAAAUGAGGGGCGGCCGGCCUGCCACAUACAGACAGGAAAGCGAGGACCCACAGGACAUCAGCUCGGACAAGACCAGUCCCUGCAGCAUGCGUGGAGUAUCUUCGGGCACGCUAGACGCCGACGUGCACACUUGGUCCACUAACACGACAGACUACGAUGGCGGGGCGUCCUGUUCCUCUUCAGGAGCUGCAUUCACUUCCUAUCACGGCGUUUCGGGUUCCUACAGGACCUUAGACUCAGGUGGUUCCUAUCUCUGCAGCGACCUAGACUGAGUCAAAACCCACCACGGUUCUUCCGUCGAGUGAAACCGUCCGCUGUUCACGAAACCCUAACUUCUUUCCCUAUGAUUUCCCUAAAUACUCAU